AUAAAAUUGUUACAUCAGAAUAAAAAAGAGGGGGUUUGAUAAUAAAUUCAUUUGGCACCAUCCAUCAAAUAAACUCUUUCAUAUUUUAUCUUCUCAAUCGAAGCCUUAAAUUUAUUUCCCAAUAAGUUCUAUACACUGAUCAAACUCAAUUAUAUAUAUUGUAUGUCGCAAAGCUCAAUAUCACCGGCGAUCCCAUCCCGGAGAAAAAAACUGCCGUAUCCGCCACCAUCGCCUCGACGUAGGACGAAAAACAAGUCAAAGUUCGUCACGACCUUGAAGCGAUGCUCAUCAGCGCCUCUGCUUUCACAAGGAGAUAAUCAUGAAGAAGAUGUUGAUCUCGUUGGCCAUAACUAUUCUUUCGGAAUCGGAGGGACACUUUUCCGACCUCAAACGUUUUCAAAUGCCUUUGUAUCUUCCCCUUCUCUCUUUGCUUCCUCUCCAAAGAUUUUCUCUAAUGAGAUGAAAAGGUACUACGACAAGGAAGCUAAGGUGGUGGUUAAUGUGACGGUUGAAGGAAGUUCAGGACCAAUUCGAACCAUGGUCAAACUGGGGUCCACAGUGGAGGAUGUAAUAACACAUGUGGUAGAUAAAUAUAGGGAAGAAGGCAGAAGCCCUAUUAUCGAAUCUAAUUUGGCAUCUUCAUUUCAAUUGCAUCUUUCCUAUUUCAGUCUCCAAGGUUUGGAUAAAUCAGAAGUAAUUGGUGAUCUAAGUAGUAGAAGUUUGUAUCUACGGAAGAGUAAUGGUGAAUCUACAUUGAAUUCGUUUCGUUCGGAAAGCAAUCACAAUUUAGCCAAACAUAACUUUGUUUCAUUGUCUUCAAAUCCUCCAGGGGUAGUCCCGUCUUUCAUUGCGAGAAAAAUUAACAAAAUUCUAAGAAGAGCACAUAGACUUUGGAACAUUGUUGUUUGCUCGCAAUGAUAGCGAACCAAGUAUAUAUCCUGCAACAUUAUGGGGUGCUGCGCCCUCGUGACACACAAAAGCGACCAUUUUUUAUUUUUUAUUUGUUGCCUUUCAAUUCUUCUCUACCUGAUUUAUUGAUUUGCAUGUAAGUUUACACAAUUUUUCCAAUUAAAUGAUACUCUAAUAGGUAGAGAUACAUAUUUAAGAUAAGAUAAAUGUUAGCAAAUGUUCUAAAAGUCAACUACAAUACACAUAUGAUUGAAUAUUUCAUUCACAUAUGCUGUGAUUUGAAUUCGAGUUUGUAGUAUGCAAUUGUUAGAUUAUACAUACAUAAAUGCUUUGUCAAAAUAAAGUUGUAUAUAAAUUUUAUUGUAAAUUAUAAAUAAAUAAAGGUUAAAUACCA